UACAUGUGUGAUUAUCACUGAUCUGUGGUUAAGGGCGGGGUAAUAAAAUUCUUAUCGUAGAUAGAGAUAUUAACAUUUAAAUGAGGUGCUCAUUGGCAAGUUAAUUUUCAAAUGAAAGUUUAAUAAAAAUAGUAUUACAUUGACAUUUAGAUAUAUUUUUAAAUAUCAAAAAUAUAUGUAACAUUAAUGAGUGUAUAAAGUAAAAGGUCAAAAUGAUUCUAACUGGGAAAAAUCUCGGCGAGAGGCAACGUGAACUAAACAACAAAGUCAACGAAGCCUUCUCGAAUAAAGUAGAUUUUGAACACGUUAGAUAUGAACCAGAACAUUCUGACGUCGACAGAUUGUUCAAAAUCGAUUUGGCAUCGAAAUAUAAAAAUCUCGAUUAUAUUUUGGAAACGAUAAAAUGCGGCGACAGUUUGUAUGUUUCGCGAGCUUUGAAAAGCUCGUGGCUAUUCGAAGAUGAAUAUUCACAUAUCAUAAAUGUAGACUACCUGCACAACGAAUUAUUUCCGUACAUGUCGUUUAAAAUGGUAAGGAAGCUAUUGACAAUUGUCUCUAUGCACGUGAAAGACGAGAAGAUAAUUGAAUUUUAUAAUUACUGCAAAAAACAGCGACUAACACAGAACGGCUACAAGUUCCUCGUACGCACCUCAGAGUCGUUUAGGUUGCAAAAUGUGCCGGAUGUUAAUUCUCUGAUUGACAAGCAAAUGCUGACGUACUACAUCGGAGAUUCGUUCCCUAUAGCCACAUACUGCUUUGAAAACACUCCCGAGAGCGAACAUAACGACAUGCUCGCGCAGUUCAGCUAUUUGUAUGCUGUGUCUGCAGAUAAAUUUUUGGAUAUGUUGGAAAAGUUUUGGUCGGACGAUGGAUUCGAAUUGAAUCAGAAGGCAAUCGGUUUGCGAAUUUCAAAAGAUAUAAUGACCAAACACAAGACCCGUCUUUACAAUCUUCCCUUGUUCUAUCUGAGAAUUGUGCGUAGGCCUGUUCUGCUUAAGUUUAGCACGGUACAGGAUGCUAAAUUCUAUUUGACAGUAUUGCUGCCUGAUAGUAUUACUCAAUUUUGGCGUAUGCAUUUUUAUUCAAAGUAUAAAUACAUUUUCGAAUUGAUACCGUUUGAAGAAAGGUUAAUAGAAUUCGAAAAGAUCUUCAAGAAAAAAUGGCCUAAUGAAGAGUUUCGACUGAGCCCUCAUUUUUAUCAAAAUCGCUAUUUCGAUCUAAUGAGGAUAGAUAUUAAAGAAGCAUGGUCUCUGCAGCAAAUCGAAAGAGGUGUAGAGUUAAGUGGUACCGAAAAUGAUUUCACGCUCUAUAGGUUUGUAAGAUUUGAGAAGGCGUUUGAAGAAUUGAAAAAGAAAAUAAAGGUCACCAAAAAAUUAGACACCAGGGCAGAAAUGUUAAUUGUGUUAGUGAAAUCUGCAAAAACUGAUAGAGACAUUGAAAAGGUACUACGAUAUUUUUAUGAAAGACACAUCAAUGAGAUGCUACACGUCAGAGAGAUGUUUGUUGAAGCCGUUAUGACUGAACACAAUGUAUACAAAUUUGAUCUUCCAUGUUGGGAGGCUUACAACCAAUUACUUUAUAACUUGAGAAUAUACGAACCCGAUUAUCACAGCCCUAAAAGCGAUUUCAAAAUAAUGCCACUAAUUUACAAUAUAAUCAAUAGAAUAGAGAUUCCGAAGAAUAUCAGCAGGUUUCUGGAAAGCGGCGUAUACUUUAACUUCUUCAGGGUGCAAGUUGGCUCUCUAACGAAGGAAGAAUUCGAAAUGGUUUAUGAAUACGUUUUAUCUUAUUAUUUAAAUAGGAUCAACGAUAUUGAAACGCAACCGUCCAAUGAGGAAUUAAAACCAAGGAUAAGAACAUACGUACAUUAUAUUUUGGAUCUCUUGUAUCAUUUCAAUAAAACCAUCCACAAUAUACCGGAGGUCUUAGAAAACUAUAUACUAGCUGAUAUACAGGAGUUCCAAAAUCACCAUCUCCUCAAAAACGAACUUCGUUACACUGAUAAGUUGACUCAAGGGAAGCUAUAUAAAUUUCUUAAACAAGACGUUUCUGUUUUUCUUGCCAAUCUCCCGCGCCUAGAAGAAAUCUUCGGCGUACAAAUGCUUCGUAUCCGAGUCGCUAGUGUAUUAUCAAAACUCAAGAUAUAUUUCAAUCACGAUAUAGCCAAAGAUGUCUUGAGCAUAUACGAAAGAAACCUAUGUAGAGAAGCGUACUACUACACAACCGCAAACGAUAUAGUCUAUGGAAUUUUGAAACUGGGCGAUACAGAUUAUGUAAUUAAUUUUAUGGAGAAAUUCGUUCCCACCGAAACCAAGAUCCAUUUCGAUCAAAUAGAUGGGAACACACUGCUCACGCAACAGGCUAUUUGCAGGUUCAUGUGUUUCACGCGUCCUCCACUACCAUUGCAUUACGUUCACAAAUAUCUCAGGGGGGAUUACGUAAAGUUUUGUCUGUCGAUAUUCAAUUCUUAUUUGGCCAAAUUGCCGAGACCAGCUUGCCUGGAGUUCGUUAAGUCAUUAAUUGACAAGCCGGUUUCGGUUCAAAAGCAUGGCAUACGUUUGGCGUUCCAAUGCUUGGAUGUCGAGGAUUUGAAGAAUAUAAUCGUUGAAGUGUGGACGCAAAACGACAACGUAUCUCUGAGAUCGGUCAUUUACAAGAAUCUCUAUCAUAAGAUACUUAAAUCGGAUCCGGAUAUCAGGAAUGCCUUAUUUGAUUUACUGAAAAAUUUCACUCUGACAUUACGGCCUACUGAUGACGAGGACUUGAUCAGUUUGGGUGCUUCGGACAGAUUACCAUACGAACUGAAGGGAGAAUACAUAGAGACUCUUUGGAAUGUAGUUGAUAAUAUGCCGUUGACCGGUACCUACAUAACCAUGAGGGAGAUUGUUGUCAAAUGCAUGAGCAAAAACGUGCACUUGGUGCGCGACGCGGUCCUCAGAGAUUUGACGGAAAAGACAAUAAGGAACGCUUUAUCUGGAUUACAAUUUCAAGAAGCAAAAUUCGUGGACGACUUAACUAAAGCCAAAUGGAAAUUCGUCGCUAAAUACCUUACAUACUUUAAGAAUGAAAACGAUUUCAAUAGAAAAUCCGCGAAGGUUUUGAACGUGCUCGAAGAUUGUAUUAUUCGUUGGAGGACCGUCAACACGGAAGUGUACGUGUUUAGGCGCUUGUUCGAAGAAUUCCUGAACGACAUAGACGUAUUCAGUUUUGAAAACAAUCUUUCAUCAUACAAAUACAUGAACGAAAUGUACAAGAGGAUUUUGGACGUUAUUUUUAAAUCGUUGCGGAUCGAAGAAGUUUACGAAAGGAUUUGGUUCCUGAAGUUCAGUAUGGUGGCGAAAGAGGCCGUUAUGUCUGUGGAACCGAAAAUUCGAGAGUUCAACAUUGAUUUGAUCGAUAAAUGCAUUGAGAAUUUCAGUGUAGGAUUCGCGAAACUGUUCAAAGAAAUGUUGGAUAGUAAAUUUUAUUUUAAAAUUGUCGCCCUCGCCGUCACCGCCCCACUUGAGCUACAAAUAAUGAACAUGCUAGGCGACUUCCAAUGUUGGGACGAGAAGAAGAAAGUUGACACAUUCGUUCGUAUUGGAUACGAAUUGACCAAAGUUGACGAUUUCGACCAUUACGUCUUUGCGAUGUUCUUGCUGCCCAAAGACCCCGAUGAAUGUACCUACAUCGAGAUUUAUAAGGAAGUUAUGAAGAAAUUGAAAGAUUUAAAUAACAAGGAGAUGAAUAUUUUCAUGUACAGAAAGUACGUCGAACCCAACUACACACGCCACCCAUUUUAUUCAUUUAAUUAUUAACUACCCACGAGUAACAAAACUCCGCCUACAAUCGAUGCUUAUGUUUCGCACGACAAGACCGACGACCGCGCGCCAUCUAUCGGAAUGUAGUAGUACUGUUUCAGAUACCUUCCAGAAGUGCAACAAUUACAAAGAUUGCAACACGAAGAAACAAGCAAAUCCUUUAAUUUGAAAUAUUAUAAAAUCAAGUAACGAUAUCAAUCACGAAACAGAGGAGAUUUGGAAAAAUAUAAGUCCGAAAGUUAACGAAUAAAGUUCCGAAGAGCUUUCGGGCCUUCCGUUUACCGGGCUUCACCCGAAGAAUUUGCCUUUAUCGUGUCCUGUAAUAAAUUAUUAAUCAGACGGCGCGUCAUGCUCAUAAUAGUUUCUGUUGUAGCAUUUAGGAUACGCAAGUCGGAUUUUAUGGAUUUUAGUUACCACUAAUUUUCCGAAGAAUAAAAGUCCAAAGUUUAUUCAAAAUAAGUAAAUUUCGAAAACUUUUGUGCCACACAUAUCGUGAAUUUUAUCCAUAAUAUGUCAUAAAUACUCUUAGAGAUAAAAUAAGAUAAUUAAUUUUCCUUAGAAUUGUCAGUGACGCCACAAAUAUCACAAGCGAUUUUAUCAAAAUGAUAUGCAUACCAAUUAUUUUUGUGAUAAACAUUUUUUGCAUUUACAUUAAAAUAUAUAUGUAUAUUUCUACCUAUUUUAUUACCAAACUAGGAAUCCAACUAGCCAAUUCCGUCUUCUGAAAAAAGUUGAGUUAUUUUUGUAUGUCUUUACUAUUUAUUGUAUAUUUUUAUGUUUUAACCUUUUCUAAUAUGUGUAAUAAUAAUACGCUUUUAGAUAUAUUAAAAAAGUGUCGUGAGUCAAUGUUGUAAAAGAUUAAAUGUAAGUAAACAUCAAAUAGUUCUCUUGUUGUAUAAAACUAAAUGUUGUGUCUUAGUUACUCGAUUGUUUGUGUGUCUAAAUAUAAAGCAGAGUAGAUAUCUACUGGGGAUACUAGUAAGAUCAUACUAUACAUCCAGUGGUAGACUGCGAAGCACUGCCCUUGGUAGGGCUAGUUCUCCCGAGUUGAGCCCGUGAGCUCACCUACCAGCCCAGGCAUAGCUGGGAUAGCCCUUU